CCUUUAAUCCCAGUUGAGCACUUAAAAAGAGAAUAUUUUGGCUAAACGUUAAUGGCGUAAAAGUCCUACAUUGGACUUUAUGAACACUGCAGAUAGGGAGUGUAGCGCAGUAGGUAAUUUGAGAGACUGAACUCGACGUAGGCUUCCUGGCUGUGUGUUAAAACAUAGCGAAAUGCCUACACAGACAGACAGGCAGCUGUUUUAGGGAUCAUAGCAGACUUGGAAUGCCCCUAAAUAAAUGCUGUCUACUUAGUCAGCUUACGGGGCUUUGAAGCAGCCCUUGCGUCCGUCCACAUGAAUGUCAUCAUGAUCAGCUCGGAGCUGCGUUGAUCGGAGCUGUGCAACAAACAGUACCCGUGAUGGAGUGAUCGUCCCGCUGCCAUGUAUUGCCACUCUCUCCCGUAGAUGCCACGGGCUGGCAUAUGUUGAAAACACCGCUCACUCCCUCGAAUGAGAAGAGUUGUGACAUGGACCGCUACUCACCGGAGCUAACUUUCUUUACACUACAGUUGUUGUUUUUCUGUCGCCUGGUUGAGUUGGUUUUUUCUAGCUGUUUGAGCUAACCGUACACCGAGUCAUUUUAAUGUAACUACCCACACGACUUCACCAUCACCGCGAUCAAGGAUCUUUCGGCUCAUGCGGCAUCGACGAACACACUCUCCACGUCCUAAAAACUGUGUUUCGAGGCCGACGCCACCAAAAUGAAGAAACAGUUUAAUCGGAUGAAACAGCUCGCCAAUCAAACAGUUGGGAGAGCGGAGAAAACAGAGGUCCUCAGUGAUGACCUGUUACAGAUUGAGCGCCGUAUGGAGUUGGUACGCAUCGUUUCGCACAACACGCACAAAAGAAUGGCUGCAUGUUUGCAGGGGCAAAUAGGUACUGACGCCGAGAAGAGACAUAAAAAGCUUCCACUGACAGCACUCUCACAGGCCAUGCAGGAUGGUGGGAACCAGCUGGGGGAGGAGUCUCUGAUUGGGAAAAUGAUGGAGAUUUGUGGGGAUGCAGAGAACAGACUGGCCUCUGAGCUAAUGCAGCACGAGAUGCAGAUUGAGAAAGACAUCUUGGACCCUCUCAAUCAACUAGCAGAGAUGGACAUUCCUAACAUCCUGAAACAGAGGAGGCAGUUAGCCAAGUUGGUGCUAGACUAUGACUCUGCGCGAACAAGGUGGUUGCAGGCGACCAAGUCUAUAAUCUCAGGAACAAACACACAAGCACUGACAGCCAAGGCAGACUCACUAAAAGAGGAGGUUGAUGAGGCUAUGAACAAAAUGGAGCUGUGUAAGGAUCAACUUUCAGCAGACAUGUACAAUUUCUUCUCAAAGGAGGCGGACUACGCCCGCUACUAUGUCAUGUUAUUAGAGGCACAAGCAGAUUACCACCGAAAAUCUCUCACCUUGCUCGAGAGCGUCCUGCCAACCAUUCAAUCUCAGCAAGAUUCAUGGACUGAGAAACCAGCGUUUGGAACAGCCCUGGAAGAGCACCUGAAGCGGAGCGGCAGAGAGAUAGCACUCCCAAUAGAGGCCUGUGUCAUGAUGUUACUGGAGACUGGAAUGAAAGAGGAGGGUCUUUUCAGAAUUGCUGCUGGAGCCUCUAAACUGAAGAAGCUGAAGGCAGCGCUGGAUUGCUCGACCUCACAGCUGGAAGAGUUCUAUUCUGACCCGCAUGCUGUUGCUGGGGCAUUGAAGUCCUACAUAAGAGAACUGCCUGAACCUUUGAUGACUUACCAUCUGUAUGAUGAGUGGAUACAGGCAUCUAAUGUCCCUGACCCAGACAAACGAUUACAAGCUUUGUGGGUUACCUGUGAUCAGUUACCAAAAAACAACAAGGCAAACUUCAGAUACCUUAUAAAGUUCCUUGCUAAGCUUGCACAGGAGAGUGACGUUAACAAGAUGAACCCCAGCAACAUUGCAAUUGUCCUUGGACCCAAUCUACUAUGGGCCAAAACUGAGGGGAGCCUAGCGGAAAUGGCUGCUGCUACCUCUGUUCAUGUGGUUGCUAUAAUUGAACCCAUCAUUCAGCAUGCAGACUGGUUUUUCCCUGAGGAUGUGGAGUUUAAUGUAUCAGGCAUGUUUUCAAUGCCUGCACCCCUGCCAAACAAUGUCAACCACCUGAACCCGCCUGAUUAUGACUCGGGCACUAUAGAGAGGAAGAGACCUGGUAGCAUGGUGGGUCCAGAUGGUGAAUUACCUCGGAGAGACAGUGUUGUCUUUGCUGUUUCUUCUUUCUGUAGCUCUGCUAAUAAAAUAAUGGACCACAAUCCUCGUAGAGGCAAUACUGUACCUAGAAAGCAGCAAGCUUCACCUGCCUUCCAACCCCCGUUGCCCCCGAUGGAGGCUGCUGGUACUGCAGGGGUUCCGCCUGUGGCUGAGCUCAUGCUCCAGCAGCCUGCACCGAUGGGCCUUGGCUUAGAGGGUUGCCAGCCUGGGCUGGCACAGGGGAUGGCUGCCCUGGCAGCAGCACAGCAGCUUCUAGCUCAGCAAACUGAGGAGAUCAGUUCAAAGAAUCGAGACCCUGCAUCCACUCCUCCAGCUCAGAGAAAUGGCACUGGAGGGUCAGGACAGCUGAGUGUGGUGACCCCUGUGGCUGGAUCUACAGGACCCAGUCCUCACAUGGCACGCAGAGGUACAAAGAAGCCAGCCCCAGCUCCUCCUAAACCAGCCAACCCCCCACCAGGGCAACCAACCAAUCAGUCAGUACAACAAACAUCUUCUGGCACUCCUCAGUCCCUUAGCCCCUCCCCUAGACAGCUCUCUAGCUCUCCAACCAAUUUAAGCCCCACACAGCCACAGACUCAAACCACCACAACCUCUCGUCGCCAAACGUGCAACCAGCCUCCCAUUCAGGCCCCCAACCAUCCACCCCCCCAGCCUCCGACACAGGUCACUACCCCUCUCCAACCCAGCGCUCUUGUUCAUACUGCUGGUGACCCAGGAGAGGAUCCCUCCCCUCCAAACACUCCCACUCCACCGAGUACCCCUCCACCCACGAUAGUCUUUCAUGACAGUCCCAGUCCAACUGCUCCUCUGGUGUUUCAGUCAGGAACUCUUCCUCGCCCGAGGCCUGUGCCGAAACCACGUAACAGACCUACUGUUCCCCCUCCGCCCCAGCCGCCAGCUGUAGGAAGCGACAGCAAUGGAAUUUGCAGCGCUGCUUUUAAAACACUAGAUUCGGGGAUGACAUUCAAAGGGCUAAGUCAAGCCCUUGUUCCUGACAUUGCUGUUGAGAAGCCUUUUACCCAUGUUAAGGACACAGACCUGGACACUGAGAGCACCAUCCUUUAAAAAUGGCCUUGAACCUGACACCACUUCCCUUAACCAAAGUUUUGCUGAAGAGCUGCUCUUCUCACUAUUACCAAAGUGUUUAUCAUCUUGACUGUGCCUCUCAAAGACCGUAUGCUUCAGACAAUCAACUCUUCCAGUGGUACCAGAGAAGCGGAUGCCCCAAGAUGAAGCACAUUCAUUUAAAACUGCCUUUUUAUUGUGAUGGCAGUAAAAAAUGACCUGUAUUGCAUGAGAAACUAAAAUGUAAUGGACUGACAUGUGUGGUGAUGGGGUGAAUUUGGUGGAUGAGAAAACAAAUUAAUUGUCAUGAGGUACUUGUAGGUGAGUCUUUGGUAGCCUUAGCUAAACAGAGCAAAUACUCAAAUUAAGCUGUUGAAAACUGUGGCUUUAUGUAUAGCUUGUGACUGCAGGUCUCCAUGCAGCUAAUACAGUUCACAUAAUGAACUGGGGGGGGCAGCCUUAAUUUGCUCGUUUGGAUAUUAGUUACUUGCAAUAUAUUGGUUUAAGGAAAUAAAAUAUAUAAAUUUGGAUUCGUUUUCAGCCUUUUACAGCUGAUGUCAUCAUUUUGGUGCAUUAUGAUUGGACCUGAAAAAUGAGGUAGAGCCCUCAGUUAUGUGUAAAAGUCGUUCUGAUUGCUGCAUAUGUGAAAGAAGCAAUUUCCUAUUAGUUAUCAAAUUGCAUAAAUGACAAUUAAAGUAAUUCACCUGUCAAAUUAUGUGAUGGUAAAGGUUAAAACAUGUACUUUAGUGAUAUUGUGGUAUGGAAACCUUGUUAGAUUAUGGCUUUGUAUGUAUACCAGGCAUUCACAAGAUAGCUUUGUAUUUUACCAUACUAUGACAGAAUUGACAUGGUACCAAAGUAGGAAAAGAUGUGCCUCUUGGAAAUUCUUCUAACUGUACAUUAGCUCAGACAAAAUUGCUUAAAUCUUCCCCUCCUCACCUCAGAUUCUAUUAUUUGUUCAUCACAAUUGAACCUUUUUGAUACCAUGACAAGAUAAAAUGGCUCCGCUAAUCAACCCUGUCAGCAUUCAUCAGAUUGCUGUUGUAAACAAUAUUAGCAGCUUGAAAUUUAUUUUGCCAUGUUCACAUGAUUAAGUGGAGAUUUAUUCCCACAUCUGAGAAAAAUGUACGCAAUCAUGUCAUCUGAUGGUUCUUUUGAGUCUUUUUCUUUUUUGUUUCCUUUUGUAAAAUAUCCUUGUCUUUUCCAUGCUGCCUUACCCAAGUACACUUACAAGCACUAUUAUACAAAGUUUGGAGAAUACACUGACUUCACACUUAUGAAACUUUAAAUGUUGAUGGUGCAUUUGAAGAUCAGAGGCUUCAUGUCAGAAGACUUAUUUGUCUUAAAUGACUCUGGAAAAAGAAAAAAAUAAUGCUUUGUAUUACUGCUUUAAAGAAAAUUAAAAAAGUGAAA